AUGGAUACGUCAAAACCUAGAAAUCUUGAUUGGUCCAAGCUUUGUCCCGAUGUUUUGCGAAAUAUCUUCCAAACAUUGAUCCCUGCUGAUUCUCACCGAGCAAAAACCGUUUGCUCAGGUUGGUAUUCCGUUUGGAAAACAUGUGCUAAUCGUCCUCGUAGUCGUCCAUGGCGGAUCAUACACCAAGGUGAGUCUUCAAAUUUUCUUGAUCCCGAUGAAGACACAAGAAAACUCGUCGUACGGCUCUCCGGAGGCUAUCGUAUGGCUAGCUCCGGGAAUUGGCUCCUCAUGCUUGAAUCACUUGAUGAUUGA